CUAUAUAUAAAGAGGAAUCAUGAGCAUUAUGCUUGAAUGAUAAAAAAAAUGAGUUGAGGGUUGAGUUAAUCAUACAUGUUACUCUUUGUCUUUGUCUUUUUGUAUGUUUUCUCUCUGAAACACUAGCAUAGAACUUCACCCAAAAUAGCGAGCCACCGUUUCUCUCCGUUCACUCUCACAUGAUUGAAAAUUAACCUUCACUUCACAGUUCACACACCUUCCUCAACAACCACUGUCAACUCAAUGCUACUGACACACAACCACCGCCACAAUCACUCUCCCACCUCACACUCCCACAUGGCUUGUUCUUGUUCUUGUUCCAGUGCCACCACACCUUCAUUUUCAUUCUUCCUCAUCAUCAUCACUCUGUUCUUCUUCCCCUGUAUUGCUGCUUCCAACGAGCCUCUCCCAAGUCCCAACCUCACCACCACAACCCGACCUCCGCCGUCAAUAACAACACUCUACGACAUCGGAAAGCCCUCCACGUCAGGGUUCAAACCAGGCGUAGCCAUCGUAGUCGGCGUUCUCACUCUCGUUUUCUCCCUCACCUUCAUCCUCCUCCUCUACAUGAAGCACUGCAGCGGCAGCGACGGCGUCGUUUCCUCCUCCGCCGCCGGCAUCUCACCGUCCUCACGAGCAAUCCCGUCGUACAGCGGCAGAAAAAACUCCGGCAUUGACCGCUCAGUGGUGGAAUCCCUCCCAAUCUUCCGAUUCGGAUCCCUCACGGGUCAAAAGGAAGGUCUCGAUUGCGCGGUUUGCUUGAGCCGGUUCGAAUCCGCGGAGGUUCUGCGGUUGUUACCGAAAUGCAAGCACGCGUUUCACGUGGAGUGCGUUGACACGUGGCUCGACGCGCACUCCACCUGUCCUCUUUGCCGUUACCGGGUGGAUCCGGAGGACAUUCUGUUAGUCGAGUCAUCACGCCACAAUAACCAGAAUAGCAUUCAACGGAGGAGCAAGGAAGAGGAAGAAGAAGAAGAUGAACGUUGUUCAGACCUUGAGAGUGGAAGAAGAAGAAGAACAGAGAUCGAGGAGUAUCAUCGGAGACACUCGUCGGUGGAGGUAGGAGAAUCAGAACGUGAAAAGGAAAAAAGGAAAACGACGUCGUUUAGAAGGUCGCUGGAUAGCGUUGGAGUUGUUAGUGUUGGUUGUUUUGUGCGUCCACGGAAAGAUGGCAUGUUGUUAACGCGAGAUGAGGAGAGGAGUAGCGUGGAACAGAGGAGGUUGGAGCACCGGAUCAUUGUUUCCCCGUCGCCGCGGAGCAGCUGUGGGGUCCACCAGCGGUGGAGCGACGUGCAGGCGGUGGAUUUGUUGUACCUGACGUCGGAGAUGAUACUGAGCGAGUCGCGCCGCGCCGUGAAUGGCAACAACAACCGUAACUGUACGGCGGGUAGUGGUGGUAAUGAUGGUGACGUCGUUGGCAGUUGGAAUGGCAGGGGAAUAAUUAAUUCGAGAAGUGUGUCUGAGAUCACGGGGCUCAGCAGGUUCUCCAGAAGCAGGAGCAGUAGCAAUCGUAAUAAUAGUAAUAAUAACAGCAACGGGACUGGAGGAGCAACGGGGAGAGAGGAAGGGUUGGUGUCGAGGUGGUUGGCUUGGAUAUCUCAAUCUCAUUCACAUCCACAUCCAGCUGUACGGUAGAGAUUUGUACUGUUCCACCCGGGACCUGCCUGGGGUGCAUUUGUAUCUUAGCUUAGCUUUAGCUAGGGUCUAGACGUAGCGUUUGUUAUUGGGAACAGAAGAACAGAAUAUAGAAGUGACAUUUUGAUUUUUAAAA